AAGCGCUUGGUUUGGUUAGUCCACCGGGUGGUCACGAGACAGGGGACGUGCUUUUGUUUUAUUCGACCGGAAGUUGAGCUACUGUUGUGGCUAAAGCUAACUUUACAGUAACCAGUUUAGCUAGUUGAAAGCAUUUCUCGGGUGAUUCUGCGACGCUUGCGAUCUUUUCAAUCGCAGGUUUACAGUUUGUCCGAUCGCUAGGAGGUACACGCUACAGAAAACAUGACCAAACACGAGUUUAAGGUGGAAAUGGAGUGUGAGAAAUGUUCAGCGACUGUCGCCAAGGCCCUCGGUAAACUGGAAGAUACAAAGUUUGAGAUUGACCAGCCAAAUAAUCUGGUUUGGAUUGAGUCUGACAAGGAUGUGAAAGUUCUCGAAGAUGCGCUGAGGAAAACUGGAAAGUCGUUCACGUACAAUGGCACUAAAUGAAGGAAUUUGCCUUACGUACAGCAGAAAGUCAUUGCAGCUUCAGAGUGAAGAAGUCCACUAAUGAGCAUCCAGGAGAACCCCUUAAAGAUCCCAACCCCAACCAGCCGACAUGGACACAAACCCCGAACACCCCUCAGAUGCAGACCAUCUGUCGAUGUCGACCCCACAUUCAAGCUAAACCACGAAAAAUGACAAUUUGAUCAUGAAAUCGUGAUAUUUAUUUUUCCACUGUGCUCUGUAAGGAAGGGAAACAGGUGAUUGGUUUUAAUAUCUAAUUCUACAUCUCCAUUCACUAUCCAGAACAAUUUUGAUACCUUUUUAGAGAAAAAUAUUUCUCUGAAAUGUGUUUGAAUGCAUUUCCUUUAAUGUGUUUCAUAAUUUAGGUGAAAUUGAGUUGAAUUAGUUUGAACAACUGUUGAGUUUUAUUAAUAUAUUUACCUUUUCUUGCUCCAUGAACAGCAUGUAGAUUUGCUCUGAGGGGAACUUACUGCCUGUCUUGUCUUGAGGGACCAUGUGCUGAACGUCGAUUCAUAAAGUAGCUUAAUCUCUGCUUUGUAACAGUUUGCAGAAAAAUCAUCCACCAAAGGAAAAAAAACACAUCUCAUCAAGCCCAAGUAGGUUUGGAGUAUCAGGUUUAAUGCUACUUACCACAUACAUCUGGUGUCACCUUUUUGUACAGCUGCUCUGGGUUUUAGUUAAUUUGGAAAAAAAAUGGUCCUUCGGGGUUUUUUCUCAUUUCUGCAUUCACUAAGAAAAUAAAAUCAGUUCGGUAUCAUGCUUUGAUUUAGCCCUCUAUGUAGAAAUUAAGAUGUAAAACUUGUCUUUCAUACAGGAACUAUGGGCAAGUUUGUGUUUUUUAUUUUAAAUGGGAGAAGAUUAGGGUCUGUAGAGGGAACAGUGUUGUAACUGAGCUAAAGUCAUUUCACUGUGGACAUCAAAUCAGAAAAGUUGGCUAUUAAACAGCAACCUGAUGCAUUUUAUUGUGUUUCGUUUAAGUGAAUAAAAGUCUGAAGUCCAACAAA